GGACAUGAUUCAGGACCUUGUAGAUGUUCAGUUAGGUAACAGUGCGGAGCUCUCUGUCUCCGAGCUGGAUACAGUGGUGAAGAAGCUCAGUGAAGUGGUUGACGUCAGCCCCCUCAAACCUACUGUUGGUGCCAACAUUGUCAACAUUGUUGCCAAUAUCCUGCUUUCCAAAACUGAUGUGACUCCAGUGGCUAACGUUGUCCUUAAUCUGACAGACAGAAUUGGGGACAAAAUGGACUUCCAAGGUGAGUCUGCUAGUCUAACAGCACCCUUGCUGGCUCUGUCCAUGAUCAACGUAGAUCCAGAUGAAUUCAGUGGCCUCACCUUUAGUGUGACCUCCAUUUCUUCAAACCUGAACCCAGAGAUUUUUCUCAACCAGAGCUUUGUGAGUCAACCACUCCCUGACACAAAUGCCACUAUCUCUUUGCCCUCUACACUCCACAACUUUUUCCCUCCUGGAGAAAGAAAUACAACUCGUGUCCAGUUUAAUUUCUAUGGAACACAAGACCUUUUUCAGGAUCCACACAUAACCAGUGUAACACAGAGCAGCUGGACCUUGAAUUCCUAUAUAGUUUCUGCCAGCAUCAAUCACAGCCAUGUGAGCAACCUAAAGGAUCGAGUGGCGGUGACUCUCGGCCAUCAAACACCCAAACAGCCAGAAGACAAGGUGCAGUGCAUGUUCUGGGAUUUCCAGAAAAACAGUGGGCAGGGUGGUUGGAACAGCAGCGGUUGUGAAACCCAGAGUAUUUCUUCUUAUCAGACCAGCUGUCUCUGUGAUCACCUCACACAUUUUGCUGUGCUCCUGGAUGUAUCCCGAGCCCCAAUCAGUGAAGCUGACAGUCAGAUCCUGACAGUGAUCUCAUAUCUUGGUUGUGGUAUAUCCUCCAUCUUUCUGGGCAUCACUCUGCUCACAUACCUUGCUUUUGAACUUUUCAUUUAUCUUUCUGUUCCUGUCACUCUCGUGCAUUUUAGGAAGCUGCGUAGAGACUAUCCAUCUAAGAUACUCAUCAACCUGUCAGCUGCCUUGCUGGGGUUGAGCAUGCUAUUUCUUCUAGACUCCUGGCUCUCAUCCUUCUCCAACUACGGUCUGUGCAUUACCACUGCUGCAAUGCUGCACUACUUCCUGCUGGCUUCUUUCACAUGGAUGGGCCUGGAGGCUGUGCAUAUGUACCUCGCUCUGGUCAAGGUCUUCAACAUCUACAUUCCUUCCUACAUCCUCAAGUUCAGUGCUGUGGGAUGGGGUAUUCCUCUGGUCAUAGUCAGCAUGGUGCUGGUCAUAGAUAAAGAUGCCUACGGUAGCGCGGCGACUGAAGAGGCUUCAGGGGGGCUUCAGUCCACUGACCAAUUCUGCUGGCUGCAGAAUGAUGUCUUUUUCUACAUGACGGUGGUGGCGUUUGUUCUACUGGUCAUGUUGUGCAACAUCUCUGUGUUCAUCAUGGUUCUGAUCCAGAUAAGACAGAUGAAGGCCAAUAAGUCAUCAACAAACAACCGCAGCUCUCUGCAUGACUUGAGGGCAGUGGCCAGUCUCACUGUCCUGUUAGGCCUGACGUGGGGAAUGGGCUUUUUUUCAUUUGGGCCGGCCAGAAUGGUCCUCAUGUACCUGUUCUCCAUCUUCAACACUUUGCAGGGGUUCUUUGUUUUUCUGUUUCACUGCUUAAUGAAGGAAAAUGUGAGGAAACAGUGGAGAAUCCACUUGUGCUGCGGACGUUUCAGACUCAGCAAUUACUCAGAUUGGAGCCGCUCCGUGACAGUGGGUGGUCACCAAAAAAAGAACAAUCUUGUUAACUCUGAGUCUGUCGCUUCUGACAACACCUCCACCCUCAGGAAGAUCUCGGACUCCUCUACAGGAUCAGCACCAAACCACCACCAGGGGGCAUGAGCGGGCCUCAGUAUGCACUAUUCUGUAUGGCUUUCCCUGUCAAGGUCCAUUGUUCAAUCACAAACACUUUUGGCAAAAAAUAGAAGGUGAUUUUAUAUUUCCAUAUGUAAUCCUUGGUUUGCUCUGAUCCUAAAGUGUAAGUGUUAAAGUGAAGAUUGCUUCUGUGUGAAGAUUUCAACCCAUCAAAAGCUGUCGAUGACUGUAAACUAAAGUAAGACUUUGAUCACAUUGCACUGACUGAGAACCCAUAAUACAUAGCAGAGGAGUGGACUCGAUUCUCAUGACUUGGACUUGAGUCAUAAAUCUGAUGACUUGCAACUUUUGGACUAUAACACCAAUGACUCGAGGCUUCACUUGAGCCCUUUGACUUUUUUUUAUUUGAUAUCUUCCUCAAGCCUUAAGAUUAAAAAGUCUAUUAUUUAAAAAGUGCUCCACAAAUCAAUAAUUUCCCCUGCAUUUCAUGAAACCACUAAAUACAACAAGACAGGAAAGAAACAUGCAAAAUUCAUUCUGCUGUGUGUGUGUUAUAUGCUAGUUAGAUUCUAGCCUUCAGCCUUUGUUGCAUUUAUUUCUCCCUCUCUUCCCUUUUUCCUUUCUCCCUCUUACUGUCUCUAUCCAAUAAAGGCAACCCCCCCACCCCCACCCCUCUAUAGUGAUACAUGCUAUGAAAGUAUCAAUACAAUGUCUUUUAUGAUUAAGUUCAGUUGCACUUGUUUUAACAAACUUGUUUUAACAAAUAAUUAGACAUUUUAGAAAGUAUUCGUUAUUUGUGCAAAUGUAACAUAUUAUUACCCUUGUUUAAUUUGGUGAAGAGCACAUUAUGACUUGUUAAGGACUCGAAACUCAAAGUUUAGGACUUGGGACUUGACUUGGGACUUGCCUGUCUGUAAUUAUCACAUUAAGCAUGAAAGCCAGAUGAUGCACCAAUAGAAAUAAAUACAGUCUAACAUUAAAGUAUUGCAAUAGGAACAAAUACUACAAGUCAUCCACAGAACCCGUAAAGGCCUUGGGUUCUUCAGAUACUGAGGUCCAUUGAACAUGUUAAUGAGGUUUAACAUUAUUUUGAAAUAAACACGAUGUUUCAUUUUUAAAAAUCCAAUAUGAAUUGUAGCCUCACUGGCUGGACAAUCACCUUAAAACUGCUGCUGUAAGGCUUGACAGUGUGACUAAGGAAUGUUUUAAUAAAGUGCCGUUGAGAUUCUGGA